AAUUAGCAGGGUGGCAAAGGCUGUUCCCCAUGACAUCAGCAGUCCCUUCUCUGGACAUUCUAUUGUAUCCUGGAGAGCUCUUGGCAUCCCCUGUGAUGUCACCAGUGUUGUAGCGACAUCAACUGCCUCAGGGCAUCCUUCAGUGCCUACAGGGUAGAGCAUAGACAUGCUGCUGGCAAGACUGAGGGGUCUCCUUGGAAGAGAGAAUGGAGAACAUCCAGAGAACAGAGAGAGGCAGAAGGAAGCUGACCCUGAGUCUCAGAAGAAAACAACAAAAAGGGGUUUCUGGGGAAGGCACAAGGCUGCGAUGGAGCCCUCAUCCCACCCAAUCAUCCUCACCAAGAAAGAGGUGAGGAAGGAGAUGCAGAGGCUGAACAUGGAGCUGCAGCUGGUGACAAGGGAGAGAAAUGAGCUGCGUGGUCAACUAUUCUUCAUCAGGAAAGGACCCGUGCACAAUAGGCCAAAUACUUGGUAUGAAGAUCUGAAGAUGGAGCAUGAGGAGGUCAUGACUGACCUACAGAGAUUGCAGAAUGAGAACACUGAGGCUUCAGAGAAGGUGGAUGAGCUUGCCAACCUGACAGUCUUCUAUCGUGGUCUGCACAGCCAGGUCCUAAUGGAACAUACUCAGCUUAAGGACCAGGUAGCCAUGCUGAGGCAGGAGAACAAGAAUCGGACAGAGGAUUGGGUUCUGCUGAAGCACCACUUGGAGGCAUUGAAAUUGAUCUGUGAGGACCAAGAGGAACAGACCAGUGACCCCCAAACCCAGCAACAACAGGAAUUUGAAAGAUUGGAGGGAAGCCUGCAGGUCCUGCGGAAGCAGAAGGAGAUGAUUACCCAGGAAAAGGACUUGGCAGAAAAGCUGCAGCAUCACUUUGAGGUCUCCCAAAUGAGGUCAGAGAAAGUGAUACAUGCACUGGAAGAGGCCACAGCCCAGGAUGAGAGCCUGCUUCAGAAGGAGCUGUUAAACGAGGAGCCACCUGCUGAGCCCAAUCUCCGGGAAAUUCUGGAUUGUGAUGCACUUUCCCCCUAUUAUUUUAUUUCCUAUGUGUGAAUAGGCCUUGGUUAUGCCUAGCCAUUAACCCAGGAUGGCUGCUUCUGGGCCUUGACUCCCUUUCCUUAUUGACAAUACUGUUUGAGAAACUGAGGAAGCCAAAGGAAGGCAGACACCUUGAAACAUGGCAUCGUUCACCCUAGGAUCAAGGCCUCCUCAGAAAAAGAACCCCAUCAUAGCUCUGAACUUCCCAUGAGGCAAAAACCAUCUGACCUCCAGGUCACCUAGACCCAAUCUAAUCCAUGUGUCUGUUGGCUCAGUACUCCUGAAGAAAAAAAAAAAAGCAUCAAAAAUAAGACUGAGAUACAGAAAAUCUUACAAAAUAAUUGCUCAGAACCCUGACAUCCACCAGCAAGUGGCCCCAGUGAGGAAUACAACACCAUGGAGGGAGGAGGUGUUGGAAUACAAAACUUACUAUGUCAGUUUAUGGUCAAGGACUUUCACAAGCUGACUGAGUCCUCAGCCCUCCUUUUGUGGCAGGAAAUCAUCUUGGAAGACUUUAUUGAUGUCAUGAUGUUAUCCAGGCAGACCACACCCAAAAGCAUAGGAUUCUCUCUCCAGUGCUGAAUCAGACCAACUCCAUGACAUGCAGAAGCACUGCUGAAGACAGUCCCCACAGAUGUGACAACAGUCCCUCUUUCCAUGUAGGAGUUAUUUGAUCUUCCAUUAGGAGGACCAAUGAGGAUUCUCAGUUUCACAUCUGGACUGAAGGGAUCAGACCUGAAAAGGUUCUGUAGAAGGUGUCAGAGUCACCUUUGACCUUUGUGUACACUCAAUGAUCCUUAUGGAGUUGUGGGUCUUGAAUAAUCACACAGGCAAAUGUUGAUUGAAA